AUGGCAGCGAGUCAACCAACCGAGGAUGCCAUCGUCAUUGGCAUCGAUUUUGGGACGACAUACUCGGGUGUCGCCUGGGCAUACUCACGAGAACCAAAUGACAUUGCGAUCGUGACAAGCUGGGAGGCCGAGCUAAACCACUGCUCAGACAAAGAGAAGGCACCCACUCAACUGUGGUACAACAGCAAUAAUGAUGUCACCUGGGGAUACUCCAUCCCUGCCGACAACGACGCCUUGAAGUGGUUCAAGCUCCUCCUGCUCAAGAGAGGCGAUAUUCCAGCCGAUAUCGCUGCAUCUGAGCAGCUCGCUACCGCUCGUCGCCUGCAGGAGGCGACAGGCAAGCAGCCCCUGCUGAACAAGUCCAAGUUCCAUGUCGUCAUCACCUUGCCAGCCAUCUGGCCCCCCUACGCUCAGAGACUCAUGAAGCAAGCCGCAGGCUUAUCUGGCAUCCUUACUCCCCGACCAUGCGGCGCCACCACGGUUCGUUUCGUUUCAGAGCCCGAGGCAGCGGCUUUGGCGACUAUUCAGGACCUUUCAAAGAGAUCAACCAUCAAGCCAGAUGAUACCAUCGUUGUCUGCGAUGCUGGGGGCGGAACAGUCAGCCAUUCGUCGUCAAGGAGUGUGUCAAAGGAGAUGGCAAGAGCCCUGUGCGGAGGAGUUUUUCUCGACGAAAACUUCCUCAAUCUCAUCAAGUCCAAGGUCCCCAAAGGAGCUUGGGAUCAGGUCAGCAAAGCAGCGGAAAAGAGAUUCCUCAAUGACGGGUGGGAGCACGGCAUCAAGCCGCAGUUUGCAAACCAGCAGAGAACUUGGCUAGUCGAUCUGCCCGACGCCUGCAAUGACACCCCUCGGAAGCUCAAACGCCGCCGUACAUUUGAGCUCACCUCGGACGAGAUCCUGUCCGUCUUUUCCCCGAUUGUCGACAAGAUUGUGUCGUUGGUGCGCCGCCAGUGCGAUGCCAUUGAAAGAAAGUACUCUCAGCCGCCAAAACACAUCGUUCUCGUUGGCGGUUUCGGUCGUUGCCGAUAUCUUUUCGACCGGCUGCAGACCGAGUUUGAAUCGUCAGUCCUGCAGGCUCAGGGAAGCAAACCAUGGACCGCCAUCUGCCGUGGCGCUGUCGUUCACGAGCUUUCCAAGCAGAACUUUUCCGCGGACAUUAGUGUAAAGGUUGAGGCAAGGAUUGCCCGCAUGAGUUACGGCAUCUGCCACAACUCAUCCUUCGAUGACCUCAAGCACCUACAGACCGACAAGUACUGGUGCGAUAAAGAGCGCAAGUACUUGGCCAAGAACCAAAUGACGUGGUUCUUGAAAGAGGGUGAUGACAUUACCAGCAGGCGUCCAGUCCGGUACCCUUUUUACCGCCUCUUAUCAGAAUCCGUGGGCUAUGUUAGGGAGGACAUACACUGUUCCGCGUCCUAUCCAGCUCCUUCGAGAAACGACCACACCGUUGAACGAAUGUGCCAGAUCAAAUGGAACAGACACAUCCGUGUGGAGUCGCUCCCAAAGUAUACCAAUCCCAUCGGAGAGGUCUACCACGAGCUGAACUAUACCGUCGAGAUGGCAUGCGAAGAUGGGACUGUCGACUUCGUGGUCUAUCAUGAUGGGGUGCGGGUUGGCGCGCAAAGCGUCGAGGUUGAGUUUGACUGA